AUGAAUGUACAUAGGCAAUGUAGCUGGUCCGAUCUACCAAUUGACAUCUUAGCUUCGAUUAUCAAACUCCUCGAAGCUCCAAUCGAUAUUAUUCGUGUCGGGGGCGUUUGUCGAUCAUGGCGUAAUUCAAUUUCGUAUUGUUGUGACUAUAAGAAGAAUAUCCUUAGCCCUCUAAAAUUCCCUUUUAUUUAUCAAAAGAAAAAAAUCCCUUUUGAUGUCUCUGUUGAUAAAUACUUAUUUAACGAAACUUGUAAAUCCAAGUUUCUGCUCUUAUACUUUCAUCUAACCGUUACCUAUUUGGUAAAACCAAUAUGCGAUGAUUCUUCAUCACCAAGCAACAAAUUCUUGAUUGAAGUCGAUCAUUGGAACUUAAAGAAACACGAAGCACGCGUUCUAAAUAUCGUCUCAGAAAAGAAAAGUCAUGAUAAUACGUUUUUUCAUCGUAACUAUGAGAUUGAUUCAAGAAAUUAUCAUGUAUCAGAAAUAUGCAAAAAAUACACACUCAAAUAUAUGUCCGGCUCGAGUUCUGACAUAAUUCCUUUCUUUUAUAAGAAAGUAAUUCUCUAUCCGGAUAAUGAUCGGGAAGACUGUGUGGUGUUUGCUAUCAAUAGAGGAGAGUUGAUUUACUGUAAAUUUGGAGAUUGGGAUUGGAAGACGAUGAACACAAAUAAUUGGGAGUUUGAAGAUAUAAUUCUUUAUAAUGGAAAAGUGUACGCUGUUGAUCGGCGGAGUCGUCUUUGGGUUAUUGGUUUUUCAUCAUCACAUUAUUACAUGAACUCUGUAUGUGAUCAGUUAAUUGGUCAGCGUCUUCGGAGGAAUAGAUUGGUGGAGUCUUGUGGAGAUCUUUAUGUAUUAGUAUCAGUGCUUGUUCAUCAAGAAACCAAAAUUUAUAAACUGAAAGAUUAUAAAUAUUGGGAUUUGGUGCAAAGCGUUAAUGAUAGGAUAUUUUUCAUUCCUGCUAGCUAUACUUCAUAUGAUUCUUCAUUCUCGAUUUCAGCCAAAGAUUAUUCGGAGCUAAACGGAAGCUUAUAUUUUUCUGUUUGA